UUGCGCAAGUGGUAGCAUGCGUUUGUGCAUGUAAGGUACAGAAGAGUACAAAACCACCCUUAGUAAACAGAAUCUUCAUUUGUACUUCUAUCCUCAUGGAUUGUCGUCUGGGAUUGCUGGUUUACUUGCUGGUGGUCUUGGCCAGUUGUCGUACUGAUGCCACCAUCACAAGACACAUGAAUGACUUCAUCAAAGCCGUGGAAAGUAUUGAAAAUGAGAAUCCUGGGCUUUCAAUGCUCGAAGUGGUGAAAGGUUUACGCAAAACUGCUGGCUUCCAAACCAACCUUAUCAAGAAUUACUUAGGGGACCUCGGUGAUGCAUCUGACCUUACGACAAAUCCAUCAGUCGCUUCGUACGUUCGCAAGGUCAUUAAUCACAAGAUAUCGAAGUUAGCUGAGGAAGAAGGAGUGGUUCUCGUCUUAGAUGGUUCAAACGUCGCUUUGGCCCCAGUGCUCCUCGGACUUGAAGCUGGUCUACAAUCCACCACCAAAAAUCAAAUCCCAGGCCUGUACCAUUUAGCCUUGACCGAGAACCUGGUUGCCACUUUUGUACAUCAUUCCCAAAACAAGCAAUCCAGCGUUUCACUGGGCACUCAGGGUUUCUGGGACAGCAUUAAAUCCCCAAAAGUGUACACUCUCUCCGGUUUGCCUUCUUUGGCAACAGAUGCCGUAAUAAUUGGAGGCAUGGAUGGGAUUAUUCUUGGGACAGAAGUUGCCAAAUCCAAGAAUGUUGGAAUGUCCCUAAGUCACUUGCUGAACAGUUACUACAGUUAUCAGCUAGACAGCGCAGGAUUGGACGCCGCACCCCGUCUCAUAAGUCAAAAACGGAGAAUGAACUUCAAAAAGCUAGUCAGCUUUUCUUCGCUUAAAAACCAAGUGGCACGCGCUUUAAAAGAUCGUCGGGAAUUGGACAGGAAGACACUGGAAGCUGUUAUGCAUGAGGGGUUUGAGAAAUUUGUCCAUGUGUAUGCUGUCUGUCCCAACAUCAUCACAAGGUCUCAAUGGGGAGCAGCAGCAUACGCCGGAUCCCCGACCUAUCUGUCUCUCCCUGUGCCCUACCUGUUCAUCCACCACACAUUUGAACCCUCCAAACCUUGCACCACCUUUGAGCAAUGCGCUAGCCAUAUGCGUGCAAUGCAGAAGUUCCACCAGGAAACCAAUGGAUGGGAUGAUAUUGGAUAUAGUUUUGUUGCAGGUUCUGAUGGUAACCUGUACGAAGGUCGCGGUUGGAACUGGGUCGGUGCCCACACUAAAGGUUACAACUCCAGGGGCUACGGCAUCAGUUUCAUAGGCGAUUAUACCUCCAGCCUCCCUUUCAAAAGUGUUAUGGAUAUGGUGAGAUACGAUUUCACAAAGUGCGCUGUGAAAUCAGGUGGAUUGCAGUCAUCAUACUCCUUAUACGGACAUAGGCAGGCUGUACGCACCGAAUGCCCAGGACAAACCUUCUACCAGGAAAUCCAGAAUUGGGAGCAUUAUGAGAGCAAUUUGCCUUGAUGACACAACCAACUGGCUACAGGGAUGUGCAUGUACUGUGAACAUGUUACUCGUAUCUCUAUAAAUAAACAUAAUAUCAAUUUAA